AAAAACGAAACGACGUAUGCUCGAUGACGCGUUCAGUGUCGGAAGUUGGUGAAUAGAUCUGUUUACGCUUUAGCUAGCUAAUAAAUUAGCUGAAGCCUCGAGUCGUUCUUAAUGUCGGCUUUUAUGUCUGCAUACUGCUGUCUGUGUUACUUUGGGGGAUUCUUGUAGCAAUCCGAAUACUGUUUUGGGGUGAAAGUUCAUCGCGUCAUGUGGAGGAAUAUCUCGUUUAAUCCUAGCUAGCCAAUUCUCUUUUAAACAGGACAGACUAAAUCUAGCUAGGUUAGCUAACAAAUCUGUAUUAUUGGACAGUGCAGUUGACAACACGGUUUGCAAGCGAAAAUGUUGGUCGAACAGAUUUGUUGUAUUAUUACCGUUUCUGAGACCAGUUUCUGUAAGGAACUAGGACCGCCUCAAAGUCCACAGAGUUGCAGUGGAGUUAUCUUGAAUUAUCAAACUGGGCUGGUGCUUUGCAGUGGUAUGGCAUUUUCUCCAUUCUUAAUCGAUAAAGAAUGUGUAAGCAAAAAACAAAAAAGAAUAUUGCACGCUAACAAUUUUAGUAGCACGAUGCGAAUUUCCGUAGACCACGUGGAUAUGACGGUAAACCGUACAUCAAGCAAGCUGUGCGUAACGGAGGGGUGCCACGAACGCCAAAAUGCUGGUCUUGUCAUGAUGCUUAACUGCUUGGAAUUUCAAAGAGCUUUUGAAAAAAUAUUCAGAGAAGCAGAUAAGUGGAACUUUUAUGGUGGUGAUGAGGACCCUGAAAUCUUUGACUCUGUAUUUUUAAGUUGGUUUGCGGUACUGAAAAUGCCCAGUUUGGCCCAAGGUAAAACUGUAUCUUGGGUAAAGAGUACAGCCAUUGAAAAGGGAUGUUCUGUCCUUGCAUGUGGAUCUCCAUUUGGUUCUUUCUGUCCAGAUCUUUUCAUGAGCACCCUCAGCAAAGGCAUUGUGAGUAAUCUAGCAGGGGAGGAGAAUGCAGUAAUCAUGACUGAUGCUCGCUGUCUGCCUGGCACAGAAGGGGGAGGCCUCUUUGUGAUUAUUGGGGAUACACCAUGUCUUGUGGGCUUAAUCACUUCACCCCUGUGUUGGAAGUCACAUGAAUGGAUUGGUCUCACAAUAGUUUGUUCUGUCCACUUAAUUUUAAAAAACCUACUACAGGCCAUAACUUUUCAUCAGUCACUGGGAGAUUUCUCAGCAUGCUCAUUGACUGAUAUCCCUCAAGUCCUAAUAACUGCAAACCAAAACUCAGCCAAAGGAAAGUACCCCAUGGUGGCUGUGGUUGAAAGUGGCCAGUGGUGGGGUUCUGGAGUAAUGCUAAACCCACAUCUAGUUUUAACCUGCAGACAUGUGGUGAAUGGGAAUCCAUCUCUUACAGUCCGAGUCAAUGCUAGAGAAAGAUACCGUACUUGGAGUGGUCGGGUCCUGUACACUUCGAAGGUAUCAUCUCCAUAUGAUCUUGCUGUGGUGCAACUUGAAGAGCCUGUCUUGGAUGUUGUGGCUCCACGGUUAGCCACCAGUUUUCACUCGGGUGAGGAUGUGGUUGUGUUGGGUUAUGGAGCUUUAGGUAAACAUUGUGGCCCCUCAGUGACAUCAGGGAUCUUGUCCAGAGUCAUCACAUAUCAAAAGAAACCAGUGAUGCUGCAGACCACGUGUGCAGUGCAGUGCGGUGCCAGUGGUGGUGCUAUUAUCCGUACCAGUACUGGGGAGUUGCUAGGUAUUGUGUCCAGUAACACAAGAGACUUUGCAGCAAAGGUUACAUAUCCACAUUUAAACUUCAGCAUCCCAGUGAGUGUUUUGGAGCCACUGCUGAGUGACUUUGCCCAUACAGGAGAUACUGCUGUGUUUCAGGCAUUGGACAGUGCAGAGGAAGAGGUUACGAGGGUGUGGAGACUCCACAUUCCUCAGAGUAAACUCUGAAUAUUUUUUUCAUUCAGAUUUUUUGAAUGUUCAUCGUGCCAUUCAACUAGUAUUACAUUCUAAAUCUUGACCUCGCAAUUCACAAACUCCCUGUUGUACUUUUAAAUGGUGAAGGUUCAUUAAACUGAAACAAUAGAAAGAUAAACAAAACUUUUGAUGUCAUAGACAUCCAGGUCUUUUGUCUGAUUUUAAGUAAUUAAUAAAUAUAUUAAAUUACAUUGGAUUGUCUAUAGACAUUGAAAUUAAUUAUAAAAGAUUAACAAGAGACUAAUUUCUAGCUAUGUUUUGUUUUUCAGGACAAGAAAAAUACUACAGUGCUGAAUAUAGUGUACUAUUUUUCAUUGUUGUGAUGUAUUUUUUAAGAGUUACUAAUUUAAGACACUGAGAAUACUUUCUGUUCAGGUAUCCAGAUAAUCCCAUGUGGGCAAGCAAGUGGAGACAAAUGGUACAUUUUAUUACAAACUUGGAGCUCAUUUUAUUCUCUCUUGGAAAUAAAGCAAUUUAUUCAAUGUUUCUUGCAACACUGUGCCUCAUGGGGGUCAAUAUUAAUUCAGCUAUGAAAUAUAUAUAGACUUUGAAGAAUUGAAAGUGCACAUGCACUUAAGAGAUGUGGUUCUUCCUGGAGAUCAUUCUUAACUUUACUUCUGCUGUAGGACACUGACUAAGUGAAUAAAACUAAGCAAAUCUGAGGGAAAGGGAAGCAUUAUUGAAAAACAACAUGCUCCCUGAGGCGUUUUAGUCAGACCAAAGACAAAGCACUGGUUAAUAUUGCAGAUGUGAGUGGUUUUGAAAUCUUAGGUCUAUUUCUAGCUGGCUAAAUUGUUCAUAAUCUAGACCUCAAAAUGUCUUUCAGAGUCUUUCAAAUCUAUAUUGUUUUAGUGCAUCUUGUGUCAUUUUGAAAUUGCAACUGGCUCAUUAAAAGUACAUUUCUCUGA